AUGGAAAGAAAAAAGGAACGUAGCGGUGCCGUAAAGCGGAAACAACGUCAGGAAAGGGAAGAAAGUAUAAAAAAAUUGACCAAGCUAGACAGCUUUUUUACGAAACCGCUUUCUGCUACAGUUCCUUCAACAGCCGAAACAUCGGUCAAAAGUGACAAGUGUUCAUUUAUUGAUAGCGUGGACACAGCUGUGUUAAUUAAUAAAGCGACUCGAGUAGAUCAGGAUCCAAUAACUACCAUCAAUGCCACUGCUGAAAAUGACUACCUCAACGCUUCCGUGCAACCUACAGUAGAGGAAUCAUCAAUUUCUACAUCUUCAAAAGUUCUUGAAAUUUCAAAUGACUUGGGAAAGUACAUAAACAAGAAAUUGAACGAUAACGAAAAACGGCUGAUUCUUGACAAGGGACCUUUGAAACCUCCGGGACCUUUUCCGAAGGACCCCCACCAAGACAACAGGAGCUUUUCAGAAACGUAUUACGUUUCUACGUCACAAUACGGUCCAGUUGAUCGUUUUUGGAUAUGCUACUCGAAAAUGCUGGAUGCUGCCUACUGCCAACCGUGUUGGUUGUUUGCUUCGCAAAUAAAUGCUUGGUGCACAGGCAUUCGGGACUGGAGGCAUUUAUCAGACAGAGUUAAGCAACAUGGUUCCUCGAAAGCACACACGGAGGCGUGCGCUGUAUAUGAAGCGUGGCAAAAAAGUUCUACCAUCGACAGAGAACUUGAAGAUGAAAUUCGCAAAGAAGCAUCAUUUUGGAGACAAGUUCUUCGGAGAUUAUUCGAUAUCAUAAUUACUCUUGCGAAGAGUUCUUUGGCUUUGAGAGGACAUCGAGAGGAUCUGAGUGAAAGAGGAAACCACGGAAAUUUUCUCUCAAUUGUCCAACUCGUUGCUAGAAAUUAUCUCGUUUACUGA